AUGAGUGAUGAUCCUUCAAUAAAAAUUGUAAUAGUGGGGGAUGCUAGCGUAGGAAAGACUGCAAUCAUGCAAAAAUACUGCGAUGGAACAUUCUCCAUUACGCAACCUUCAACAAUCGGCUCAACAUGUUCAGAGAAAGAAGUAAAAAUAGACAACAAUGUUUACAAAUUAAGUAUUUGGGAUACUGCUGGUCAAGAAACAUACAGAACAAUCGUCCCGAUGUAUUUUAGAGGUGCUGCUUGUGCUAUCGUCGUAUUCGAUAUCACAAACCAGAAAAGUUUAGAUUCAGUUUCGUAUUGGGUACACACAAUUAGAGAGAAUGCUUCUUCUGCGCCAUUGAUUUUUUGCUGCGCAAAUAAAUAUGAUCUACUCGAAGAAAGAGUUAUUGAAGACGAAGAAAUCAAUAUAACAGUUAACAAUUUACAGAUACCAGUUUUUUAUACUUCUGCUUUGACAGGUGCCGGUAUCGACCGAUUAUUCGAGUCAAUACUUCACCAGUUAGUAGAAAAGAAUUUCGUUAAGGAUCUCGCUAUUCCUGCCCCUGUUAAUACAUCGUCCCAGAAAUCAGGAUGCGCAUGCUAA